GAGAAAGGCGAGGGGGCGGAGCCGAGCACUUCCAAGGCUAUCCUUUUAAAUUUUCUCUUCCUGAACUUGAGUCGGUUUCACUUUCCGUUCCACCUGUCGGUGGCUCAGAAGUGAGAGCUGUGCGCCGCGGCAGGAGAAGAAAACACGGAGUUUCAGUAGACUAGGCUGUCGUUUUUCUUCCAUUCUCUCUUCUACUUUUUCUACCUUUUAUUACUAUUCAUAACGUCGACCACAGGAAGCGCCUGUUGGACGCGGACAGGACCGCAGCAGCACGCGCCGAGGCAGCUGGGUGUAAACGUGUCUUACAAACAGCUCUGUUUUGUCCUAACUGCGAUGUGCAUUUUGAGUUAGGCCUACCUGUCGUUUCAGGUGUGACCAUGGCUUCUGAAGUAGCACCGAAAGUUAACCUGAAAGAGGCGGAGGAACUUGCCCUCGCCCUGAGCGAAGCCCUUAGCAGUGGGAGCAGCGAAGAAGCAGUUAAACUGUGCCAGAAGCUGUCGCAGCUUUGUGUUCCAGUGUCUGUCACUGUCAACGCUCAAGCCUAUCCUCGUGACUCCAUAAGGUUACGGGUCGGAGUGGAGGAUGCUCAGUCAGAUACCUACAUUCCAGUGACCAUUGUGGUUUCUGCUGAUAUGACAAUUGCACAACUUAAAGACAAGAUCAGCCACGACUUUGGGUUCCACCCUUUGGUGCAGCGAUGGGUGAUCGGCAAGCGCUUGGCUCAGGACCGGGAGACGUUGUACAGCCAUGGUAUCCAUCAGAAUGGAGACCAGGCUUUCCUGUUCAUUCUCUCCACCCAUGCUGCUCGUCUCACACGGCAUCAACACAAACUGGACCAGGAGCAGCAGCGCAUAGAGGGCAUUGUAGAGUCCAUGGAGUCCAUGCAGCUUUUUCCCAGGGGGCUGGGCGGAGUUGGUGGUGAGAAGACAGCUCCUCCUCCACAGCCUCAACACACUGCUCCUCCUCCUCCUCCUCCUAAACCCCAGACUGCUAUUAAACCUGCUGUGCUACCUAAACCUCAGAUGGGAUGGACCUGUACCAUAUGUACUUAUGUGAACAAACCAACACGUCCUGGCUGUGAGAUGUGUGCAGGGGAACGACCAGAGGAUUAUGAGGUGCCAGACAAAUACCAACCAGACCAGCAGGAGGUUCUACGAAUUCAGCAGGAACAGUUGGCCAUGUUGCAGUAUCAACAGGCUCGGCAGGCGGAACGAGAGAUGAACUUCCUGUCCUUGUUGGCAACAGAAGAACAGAGCCUUAUCCCCAAUGCCACAGAGACAGACUGUCCCAUCUGCUUCUCAGCCCUGGAGCCAGGAGAGGGCAUUGUGCUCAGAGAGUGUCUACACACCUUCUGCAGGGAGUGUCUAAAAGGGACAAUAGUGAACAGUCAAGAUGCUGAGGUGUCGUGUCCUGACAAAUGUGACAGCAAGCUACUGGACCGAGAAAUCAAAGCGCUGCUCACAGAGGAGGAGCACCAGCGCUUCCUGGAGUUGCGUCUGAGCAUCGCGGAAAGCCGCGCGGAGCACAGCUUCCACUGUCAGACUCCCAACUGUCGAGGAUGGUGCGUCUACGAGGACGAAGUCAACGAAUUCCACUGUGAACUCUGCAGUGAAACCAACUGCAUUCUCUGCAGGGCCAUCCAUAAAGACAUGAAUUGUAAGGACUACCAGGAUGACCUGCGCAUCCGAGCAGAGAACGACAAGGCGGCUCAGCAAACUAAGCAGAUGCUAGAGAGCAUGCUGCAGAAUGGGGAGGCCAUGAAAUGUCCACGGUGUGACAUCAUUGUCCAGAAAAAAGAUGGCUGUGACUGGAUUUGCUGUUUGAUGUGCAGGACAGAAAUCUGCUGGGUCACUAAACAAGCUCGCUGGGGACCAAAUGGCAAUGGCGACAUAUCAGGUGGCUGUAGAUGUCGGGUCAAUAAUCAGCCUUGUCAUCCCAACUGCCAGAACUGCCACUGAGGCAAGCACACCAAUGAACACAUACUAUAACAUGCAACUGCAAGCACAUGCACAUAGGCCUCUGGCUUAGUGCUGGCUGCAUUCAUUCAUUCUUUUUGAUUUAUAUUACUGACUUUCAGCCCUGAUUUCUCUGACAAACCGACAGGGCACUGUACAGUAGUUGUCCUACCACUCAGGCAAACCUUUCUUCAACAGUUCUGUUACUACAGAUAAAAAUGCUAUGCACAAGCUACGCACUCUGCCAACUCUUAUCUUCUGCAUCUCUGCAGCUGAGGAUAUUAAAUGUCAGUGUGAGAAAAUAAGCUUUACAGGGAUUUUCUGCUAUAAUAAUACAUUUUUAGGAUCUGGCUGCUGCUUUCAUCACAGUUUGGUUUGAUGACACAGUCAUGAUAUUCUGUUGUGUUUUUUUUUUUUUUUUUAAUCUGGCCUCAACUCAGUCGAAUGCACGGCAAAAUAACAUGUUUAACCUUUCAAGACAAAAAAUGUGAGAAAAUUCUUACACUCAAAUAUAGAAUAAUUAACUACAACUAAUGAACUACAACUAACAAUGUUAAUUCAUAAAUAAUUUAGUUGAUUUUUAUGUUUUAUGUUUUUUUCAACCAAAACUCAUCAUUUACUCUAUAAAACACCAGAACAAUUACGAAAUGAGUGUUAUAAUUGAGCCCAACUUUUAUGAAGUUGUAACCAAUGUAAUAUAGGUGCAAUAACUGACAAGUAAUGAAAAUGAUAGAAUUGCAGUUGUAAGCAAAUGAUAUUCUUUGAGUCGAUUAAUCAGACUGCAGUGAAGAGUGUUGUCCGAAGUGUUUACAUUGAAUGAAUGUGUUCAAAAUGCAAAAAAAAAGCUGCUCUGAUGCAAUUAAUGACUUUGAAGUAUCAGGUUUAUAAUGUGGCAAGGUGGACUGGUAAUGAUGCUGUAUUUUUGCCAGGUAUCCAGUUCUUUAACUGUAGUUCACUGCUCAAGACCAUAUAUUUUGUUUAUGCUAUAUCUGCAGUAUGAAGUUUGUUGGGUUUCACUGUUAUUUUGAAAAAUGUAUUUUAAUAAUUUUUGUUAAUUUGUCUGUAGUCAUGUCAUUAGAUAAAAACUAAGGAAGUUCA